AUGGCUCCCCGUCCCGAGCAGAGCCAAUUGAAGCGCGCUGCCGUAGGUCCCCGAGUCCCACUUCUGGCUUACACGCCCGCUGCCCGCACGCCCGUCCACCCCCAGGAGACGUCCUUGCGAGGCCUGCCCUUCUUGGCGCGGCUUCACAAAGGUUCGCCUGCAGAGCACGAACCUGACUCGUCCAAGAAACCGCGCCGAUCCGAGCGCCUGUCGCAACAGCUCUCGGUCAAGACACCAGUCGACACCAAGCAGCAGCUGCCCUCGCCUGUAACCCACAUUUCUCCCGAGGAGAGCAGCUCCCGCUUCAAGGAGGGGACCGCCACCCCGCCCGAGGGCCGCUCCAGCCAGGUCCUCACCAAGAGCCAGGAAACUUACUCCCAGGUCCAGGGCUUCUCGUCGCCGCCCCAGGACACCCAGGCAUUCUCCCAGCAGGUCAUAGACCCCAACGAGCCCUACUCCAAGGAGGUCAAGGAUGAGGUCAAGGAAGGAGUCUGGGGCUAUCUGUUCCCCCUCAACACGAAAUACGGUGGCAAGUGCCUGGUGCUGAAGAAGAGGGCUGCUUGUCCGAGGUCAGACGUGUUAAACGAUGUCGCACAGAAGAAGAAAGGAAGCAAAAAGUCGCCGAAGCAGCAGGAGGAGAGCUUUGAGCACACCAAAAUCGCCGAUGCUCCCUCUGGUGGCUACCUAAUCGGCCGUCACCCGGAGUGUGAUAUCGUCGUGGAUGACCCCAGCGUCUCGAAUCGCCACUGCUUGCUGUUCACAGAGCACAAGGCCAAUGACACUAUUGCAAUAGUGGAGGACUUGUCAAGCAACGGCACCUUUGUCAACGAGGCGAUCAUCGGACGGAACAAACGGCGAGAGCUGAAGGAAGGCGAUGAGAUAGCAGUACUGGACAAGGCCCGUUUCAUCUUCAAGUAUCCCAGGGCCAGACAGAGCAACGCAUUCCUCCAGCAGUACACCUUACUCGAGCAGCUUGGCAAAGGUCACUUUGCCGAGGUUUUCCUGUGCGUCGAGAAGGCGACCGGAAAGAGAUAUGCCGUCAAGAUCUUUAAAAAGACUGCGGGUCUAGAAGAGAAGUCGAAAACGGAAGGCCUACAACUGGAGAUUGCUGUCCUUAUGGGUGUCAGCCAUCCGAACGUGCUGUGCCUGAAGGAUACUUUCAACGAGAAGAAUGCUGUUUUCCUCGUGCUCGAGCUUGCGGCGGAGGGAGAGCUUUUCAACUACAUUGUGAUGAAGCAGAAGCUGACCGAGGACGAGACACGGAAGCUAUUCACUCAGCUGUUUCAGGGCAUCAAAUACUUGCAUGAUCGAAACAUCGUUCAUCGGGACAUCAAGCCGGAAAACAUCCUGAUGGUGGACCGAGACCUUCACGUGAAGCUGGCGGAUUUUGGCCUCGCCAAGAUCAUCGGCGAGGAGUCGUUCACCACCACGCUCUGUGGCACGCCAAGCUAUGUUGCACCGGAAAUCCUUGCCGACACCAGACACAGAAAGUAUACGAAAGCUGUCGAUAUUUGGUCGCUUGGAGUUGUGAUGUAUAUCUGCCUCUGCGGGUUCCCGCCCUUCUCGGAUGAGCUGUACUCAAAGGACUUUCCGUACACCCUCUCGCAGCAGAUCAAGAGUGGCAGGUUCGACUAUCCCUCCCCAUACUGGGACUCCGUCGGCGACCCUGCUCUUGAUUUGAUCGACUCCAUGCUUGUAGUCGACCCGGAGAAGCGUUUUACGGUGGACCAAUGUCUGGACCAUCCAUGGAUGACUGCCAAAGGUCCUGGUGUGAACGACAGCACCGACGGCUUGGUAGGCGGUGUCAGCGGCCUUGACAUUCAACGCCGUGGUGUCGCUCGGGAGCGCACUUUACUCAGCAGCAUCAAUUCGGUCAGGGUCAAAGAGGUACCUGGUGUCAAUGGGAAGGAGCCCGUCACUGUGUACAGGAAAAACAGUCGACCGGCAGUUGCGGAGCCCAGACCCUUCGACAAUAGGAAUCCGGAGGAGUUCGCGGCGAUGGGUGGCAAGGGUGACGAAACACUCUUCGGCCAUGAUGCGAACAGUCACUACGCUAAGGAUGACCUCCCCGAGGAGCCGGGUCCGGCUUUGAUAGCGACCAAGAACGGCAACGGUGUGAAGCCAGAAGCUGCGAAGGGGAAGGCGGUCAAGGGAAACAAGCAGUAG